CAAAGUCUCCCCUCCUACUCAACAAAAUCACAUUCACAGUUUUGGUUGGAUUUGUCGAGUGUGAUGGUUAAUUAAGUGAAGAAUCAGAGGCCAGAGCUAGCUUAUCAGGAGUAAUCAAAUACAUAAGGUUAUGGCAGCAAUGGUGACCAGAAAGUUUUUUGUUGCCUCGACAUUCAUGUGGAUAUUUCCAUUCGCAAUCCUAUACGGCUUUCAGCACGACUGGUUCCCUGGUUUCUCACACAUAUCACCUUAUUCUCAAACACUGCUGAGUGGAUUUCUGGCCGUUAUAUCAGUUAAUAUGAUGCUUGCAUUCUACGCAUACAUGGCAAUGAAAGAGCCUACUAAUAAGCAUGAGCCAGAUCCUGCUUUCGUAGCCAAAGCUAAGGCUGCUGCUAGCCAGAUCAAACCCAGUGGUGGUGAUAAACAGGACUAGGCUAAACACAGGGCUAAAAUGAUGAACCCAUACAGUCUGACCAGAAUGCAAAGUCGGAACACAAGGAAGCUUGUUAAGUUUUUGGCGAAGUUUUCUUUGGGAAACGAUGUUCUUGGAAGAAGCACAACCGUCCAGCGAGCUAGAGUCGUAGUCAUAGUAAGAUGAUAUGGUGUCAUCAAACCCCAAACUGUAGACAAAAAUCAAGAACAAUUAAACUCUUACUCAGAGAUCAUUGAAAAAUAAUAAUAACAA